AUGACUGGGCUGCCUCUCCUGCUUCUGCUCUUCUGCCUCUUUCCUCCAACUACUGCUAAGAGGAGGCAAACUGUAUGUGUGUUGAGGAAAUUGUUGGAGCCUAAUGCAAGACAGAACUAUUACAGACCUGGUGAAUUCAUUAUUGGUGGGAAUUUACCCUUGGGAACACUUAUGUCUUCCAGUGUCCUUGAUUUUCAGGAGGAUCCGCUCCAUCUUAGUAGUUAUCUUUUACCUAUACUCACGAAGUAUCAGCAGUUCUUUGCCUUAGUAUUUGCUAUCACAGAGAUCAACAAAGAUUUGGUUCUCCUCCCCAACAUCACACUUGGCUUCCAGAUUUGUGACAAUUUUCAGAUUGAGAUGUGGAUUUUCUUAAUCAGCCUCUCCUUUCUCUCCACAAGAGGUCAAACAAUUCCAGGUUAUAAAUGUGACAGGCAGGACCCUCUGCUCUCUGUCAUUGGAGGUGAUAACCCCAAAUCCUCAAGGCAGAUGGCCUCCAUCUUCAACAUCUACAAGGUUCCACAGUGGAACUGGGUUGGGCUGGUGACCUCUGAAGAUGACACUGGGGAAUAUUUCGUCUCAACUCUGAUGCCAAUGCUGAAGGAGAAGGAGAUUUGCCUCGCCUUCAAUGAAAGAAUUGCUGAUGAAUUUAAUGUUAUAUUUAAUAAAUUAAUGAACCACAUUUUGUUGAAAGCUGAAGUUAUUAUUCAGUUUGGAGACUCCUCUGAUAUAGCAAAAUUUUGGACAGUUCUGAAUGAUUGUGUAAUAUAUACAAAGAUACUUGCCAAUUUGAGGACUAUCCACUUCAACAAUAGUGCUGGAGAUGAAGUCUCCUUCUCACAAAAUGGACUGCGAACUGCUCGAUAUGAUAUUGUCAACUGGGUUGUCCACCCCAAUAAGUCUUUAGUGUCUGUGAAAGUUGGUCAAAAGGAUCCCAGGGCUGCCGCAGGCCAGGAUUUCAACAUUAACUCUGAUGCGAUCACCUGGGCUCCAAAGAAGGUGCCCUUUGCCAGGUGUGGGAAGAAGAGGUGUCAGGCAGGAGAGAGGAGAAGAGUUCCAGAGGGCGAACCAGUUUGCUGCUAUCAAUGUGCUCCUUGUCCAGAAGGAACUAUCUCAAAUCAGACAGAUGCAGCCCACUGUGAGCCCUGCCCUGAAGACCAAUAUCCCAACAAGCAGAAGGACCACUGCAUUGCCAAGAAGAUCCACUUCCUUGCCUAUAGAGAGACCCUGGGAUAUGCCUUAGUUUCUCUGUCUCUUUUCCUUUCUCUGAUCACAACUGCUGUCCUGGUGAUUUUCUGUAAACAUCAUGACACACCGAUUGUCAAGGCCAACAACCGAAAUCUCACAUACAUCCUCCUGGUCUCCCUCCUGCUCUGCUUCCUCUGCUCCUUUCUCUUCAUUGGUCAACCUGGGAAGUUCACUUGUCUCUUCCGACAAGCUGCCUUUGCCAUUCUCUUCUCCUUUGCAGUUUCCUCUGUGUUGGCAAAAACUGUCAUGGUGGUUCUGGCCUUUAUGGCUACAAAGCCAGGGAAUAGGACAAAGAACCUCUUAGGAAAACCUCUGACCAAUUCCAUUGUCAUAGCCUGUCCUCUGAUCCAAGUAAUUCUUUGUGCCAUCUGGCUGAUCACCUCUCCCCCAUUUCCCAACAUGGACUUCCACUCCUUGGAAGCAGAGAUCAUCUUGGAAUGUCAGGAAGGCUCAGCUUCCAUGUUUUACACAGUCCUGGCUUAUCUGGGUUUUCUGGCCCUCAUCAGUUUUAUCGUGGCCUUUCUGGCUAGGAAAUUGCCUGAUAGCUUUAAUGAAGCCAAGUUCAUUACUUUUAGUAUGCUGGUCUUUUGCAGUGUUUGGAUUACCUUCCUCCCCACCUAUCUGAGCACCAAAGGGAAGUCCAUGGUGGCUGUGGAGAUCUUCUCCAUCUUGGCCUCUGGGGCUGGCCUCUUGGCUUGCAUCUUUCCCCCCAAAUGCUACAUUAUCCUAGUCAGGCCUGAACUGAAUUGUAAAGAGAAUAUAAUGAGGCACAGAAAUCUCUGA